AACUUAAUAGUAGUAGUAGUAGUAGUAGUACCUCUUCGAGCGUGUUUGACACGGAACCCAUUGCACCCAUUGCAACGUAGGCAAUGGCGAGAAAGAGUUGCAGAACUUUUUUUUCAUAAAAAAAUGUAAACGAAAGUGUUGCAAGUAUUUAACUUAUGUAUAGGGGAGACCGGGGCUAGUUGGCAGCAGGGGUAAGUUGACGAAUUGCGUUUAUCUGCAAAGUCUUUCAUCAAAAAGUGCCAAUAAUUUCAGGAAACCUUCUUAGUUGACCAUUUCAUCUUUCACUGUAGUAUUGUGGGGAUUUGCGCAUGCGCAUAAAAGAUAUUGUGAUUUAUGUGUUUUUUCCACAUUUUUGUAACUUUUACAACUUCUUUAUUUUUUCGAUUUUUAAAAGCAAUUUCAUCAAGUACAAGUAAACUUGAUUGGAGUUAUAUCUUGCAUGGUUCAGUAAAAUCUGUCCAACCAUUAUUUUUUAUUUAUAUACGUUUUUCAGGGAUCGGUAGGGGAGUUUGUGACCAAAUAGCUGUCGGGGUUAGUUGGCAAAAUUUUGGCGGGGCAAGUUGGCCGUAUAUAUCAACUAAACCCGGUUGCGAUUGGACAUAAAUUUUAACUUUUUCUAUAAAUUUUGAUUUAUUUUUUUAAAAAUCGAUUAGAUAGAUCACAUAUAUUACAUGCGAAACUAUAAAAGAAAAACAAAGAGGGCUAUAACUCCUCAAAAUGUUAUAAAAAAUGCUGUUGAUGCUGUUUUAUUAGAAGGAAAAUCUAUACGAAAAACAGCCAAAGACUUUAAUAUCCCUGAAAAAAGUUUGUCCCGAUACUGCAAAAAGCAACAACGUCAUAGUCAGCAAAUAUCAGGUUACAUAAAAUCUAGACAGGUCUUUACUGAUUUACAAGAAGGUCUGUUGGAACAAUAUGUGACUAAAGCUUCUGAUAUUUAUUAUGGACUUUCUCCUAAGGAAGUGAGGAAACUAGCUUAUCAGUAUGGAAAAGCGAAUAGCAUAAAAAUGCCUCAUAAAUGGAGUGCAAAUGAAGCAGCUGGAGAAGACUGGUUCAGUGCUUACCUCAAAAGGCACAAAAAACUGUCAAUAAGAAAACCUGAGGCAACAAGUCAAGCACGUGUUUCCAGUUUUAAUCCAACAAAUGUUCAAAAGUUUUACAACAAUUUACAAACUAUUCUUAAUCGUUUAAAGUUGGAAAAUGGAGAUAUUUGGAAUAUGGAUGAAACUGGUAUUACCACAGUUCAAACUCCAGAUCAUAUUGUAGCAAGAAAGGGUUUUAAACAAAUUGGGCGUGUUACUUCGGCUGAGAGAGGCAAUUUAGUAACUGUGGCAGUUGCUGUUUCUGCCAGUGGAAAUUCAAUUCCUCCAUUUUUCAUAUUUCCUCGUGUGAAAUUUAAAAGCUAUUUUUUAAAUGGUGCUCCUGAUGGAAGUGCAGGCGCUGCAAACCCAUCUGGUUGGAUGACUGAAGUUCAAUUUUUGCAGUUUUCCCAUCAUUUUGUCAAAUAUGCCAGAAGUACAAAAAAACGACCUGUUUUGUUGCUAUUAGACAAUCAUGACUCUCAUCUUUCAGUAGAGGCUUUAGAUUACUUUAAAGAAAAUGGGGUAUCGGUUUGUUCAUUUCCUCCUCAUUGCAGCCAUAAACUUCAACCUCUAGAUCGAAGUGUAUUUGGACCUUUUAAAAAAUACACAAACACAGCUUGCGAUGCGUGGAUGACAAUGCACCCUGGUUCCACAAUGUCUAUUUACAGUAUACCAGGUAUUGUGGGUAACUCAUUUCCAUUAGCAUGUACCCCUAAUAAUAUCAAGGCUGGUUUUGCAAAAACAGGAAUUUACCCACUAAAUGUUAACAUUUUUGGUGAACACGAUUUUAUGCCAGCCUAUACCACAGAUAGACCACCUCCGAAACAAGACUGUGCUGUGGAAAGUACAGUGCUAAAUAUAAGUAAUGUAAUGGAUGUUGACUUUACAAUAUCUGAGAAUGACAUGUUAAAUGCUGGUUGCUCAAAAGAUAUAGAACCACGUCAAGAUAUUUCAUAUUCAAGCAGUAAUGAUGAACACAGUGCAUCUACAGAGUCAACUGUAGUUCUAUCGCCUGAAGAUUUAAGACCAUUCAAAAAAGCUGAACCAAGAAAAAGAGUUAGGGCUAAUAAAAGAAGUAGAACCACAUCAAUUUUAACAGAUUCACCAAAUAUGAAUGUUUUAAAAAUAGAGAAAGAAUCAGCUAAAAAGAAAAAGUUAGCAAUUGAAGAGAGAAAACAAGCAAAAAAGUUAAACGAAGAUAAUAUUAAGAUGAGUAAAAGAUCAAAUAGUAAAGGAAGUUUACACUUAAUGGAGAAAAGUUUGAAUUGUCCAAAUAGCUCUGUUGUAGAGGAGUGUUUUUGUUUGGUUUGUGUUGGAAUGUUUUCUAAAAGUAAAGCAGGGGAAGUUUGGGUUCAAUGCACCCAAUGUCACCUUUGGGCUCACGAGUCAUGUAUAAUCGGAAAAUCUUUGUUUUUCAUUUGCAAUAAUUGCUGCUAGCCGAUUUGAAACUCCAUUAGUUAAAAAUAUUCAUGUAAUAAAACAAUAUAAGUUUUAAUUCUUAUUGUAUUACCAUAAAUUGGGAACACUGUUUUGUUUUGUCACUGUAUUUUUUAAUUAUAUUUACUUUCUAUUGCUUAAAAUGUUACAAUGACUUGAUCCAAAAGUUUGAUGAUAUUGAUAAAAGUAUAUUUCUGCUAUGAUUCCUUUAAAAAAAAGGGGCUCGGGGUAAAAAUAUUAUUGAAAUACACUUAAAUAGGACCUUUAACUUUAGCUUUUAUUAUUGCGAGUCAACUUACCCCUUGAGUAUAAGCAACUUACCCCAUGGUGGGGUAAGUUGGCGCAAUUUUUUUUUUUUUUUGAGGGCCCAGAAAGGCCCCACAAUAUUUUUUUUGUAAAUGAAUACAACUUUUAUAAGUUACCCAAAUUCAUACUCUUUGAAACUACACUUUUAUGUUUUCAAAAAAAUGUUUCGUUAGGGCUACAGAACUC